AUGACCAUAGAGGAUCUGCCAGAACCUUCCUUAGAAGGAGAUUCCCUCAUUGAAAGAGAUCGGUUCUUAUUCUCAAGCUCUGAAACAUCUGUUACUUUUUCUGUUGCUGCAGCACCAAUGCCUUCAGAUUGUGAGUUUUCCUUCUUUGAUCCCAAUGAUGCAGCAUGCCAAGAAAUACUUUUCAACCCCGAAACAUCAGUUUCUGAGUUACAGAUGGGGAAGCAUAGUAAAGAUUCUUCCUACUGUAGGUUAAAUGGGGGGUUUCUUAUUGGGGAGGGAAGGAUCAUUAAAAAGGGUUGCAAUGUGAAUGACAGAGAUGGACUGACUGAUAUGACUCUCUUGCAUUACACUUGCAAAUCAGGUGCUCAUGGUAUUGGUGAUGUUGAAACUGCUGUAAAAUUUGCAAAGCAGCUGAUUGAUUUGGGUGCUGAUAGCAGUUUACGCAGCCGCUGGACAAAUAUGAAUGCCUUGCAUUAUGCUGCCUACUUUGAUGUUCCAGAACUUAUUAGUGUUAUUUUGAAAAAUGCAAAGCCAAAAGAUGUGGAUGCCACCUGUAGUGAUUUUGAUUUUGGAACAGCUUUGCAUAUUGCUGCAUUCAACCUAUGUACAGGAGCUGUCAAGUGUUUACUGGAACAUGGAGCAAAUCCUGCCUUUAGGAAUGACAAAGGCCAGAUUCCAGCAGAUGUGGUUCCUGAUCCAGUAGAUAUGCCACUAGAAAUGGCAGAUGCAGCAGCCAGUGCGAAAGAAAUCAAGCAGAUGUUGGUGGAUGCAGUGCCUCUUUCAUGUGACAUCUCAAAAGCCAUGAUCCCAAACUAUGAUCAUGUUACAGGCAAGGCCAUGCUUUUGUCACUUGGCCUGAAACUGGGAGACCGUGUUGUUAUUGCAGGACACAAGGUUGGUACAUUAAGAUUUUGUGGCACUACAGAAUUUGCCAGUGGCCAGUGGGCUGGCAUAGAGCUAGAUGAACCAGAAGGAAAGAACAAUGGAAGUGUUGGAAAAGUGCAGUACUUCAAGUGCGCACCAAAACACGGUAUCUUUGCACCUCUUUCUAAAAUAAGCAAGGCUCCUAGUCACAAAAAAAGCUCUGGACGAAGUUCUUCCAUGUGGUCUUCAUCAUCGGUCAAAUCCAAGAAAUUAGAUGUGACACACAUAACUUCCAAAGUGAGUUCUGGCCUAAAUAUGGCAAAAAAAGAUAGUGCCUCUGAAACCAACUAUAUGGCUGAUAAAAGGGGAAAAACUGGACCUGCCAAAGAUGGUUUUCCUGUGUACAGCAGCUCUUCCUCUUCUACUACUUCCUUGGAAGGCAAACAGAAUUACUGCAAGAAGCAGAACUCCACUAACAGCAAUAAAAAGGCAGUGACUAGAGUGUCUGUCGCCUCAUCUAGAAUUAGUGCCGGGUUGCAUAGUUCUCCAUCCACAAAGAAAAAUCCUUUUAAUGAAGGAGAAAUUCAAAUUGGAGACAGAGUGCUGGUGGUAGGGCAGAGAACAGGCACUGUUAGAUUUUUUGGGACAACAAAAUUUGCACCAGGAUUCUGGUGUGGAAUUGAAUUGGACAAGGCUCACGGGAAGAAUGAUGGUUCUGUGGGAGGUGUGCAGUACUUCGUUUGUCUUCCCAGACAUGGUAUAUUUGCACCACCAUCUCGUGUACAGAGACUAACAGGUUCUCUGGAUUCUCUCACAGACAUUUCAUCGAGUAAAAUAAAUCACACUCUUCCAGGUUUUCAGCGCAGUCUGAGCACCACUUCUGCAUCAUCACAAAAGGAGAUAAACAGAAGAAAAUCCUUUGUUAGAUCCAAGAGCUCUGUGUUACAGCGCAGCUGGAGUAAUACAACUGCAGCUAGCACUGAGGGGCCAGUGAAGCUGCAUGAAGGCUCUCAGGUUCUUCUGACCAGCUCAAAUGAAAUGGGGACAAUCAGGUACAUCGGUCCUGCAGACUUUGCACCAGGAAUAUGGCUGGGACUUGAACUCAGAAGUGCCAAAGGAAAGAAUGAUGGCUCUGUGGGGGAAAAGCGCUAUUUCACCUGUAAGCCGAACCACGGGGUCUUGGUUCGACCCAGCAGAGUGACCUAUCGUGGGAUUAAUGGGAUAAAGCUUGUGGAUGAUAUUUGCUGA